AUAUUACAAUGUUUAUGUAACACCAAUCACGAAUAUCACGGUUGCAUGCAUAUGGUUCCGAGUGGUUUGGUGGAUUCGGUGCGUGUUCGUCAUCGUGGGAAUGUGGAACGUGCUGUGGGAGUUGGUUCUGGUAUAGUAUCCGCGCGGUAGGCUAAAAUGGGCAAUCAGAUGACGCGCGCGGGCAAUGUGUCGCAUAAAAGGAUUGAAUCCGCGGCAACGGGCGUCGGUAAUGCAACCCACGGCGGCGCGAAUGCCGCCGCCGCCGCCCCGAAGAGCACCUCCAAGAGCGAGCCGGAACAGCAUAACUCCCAUACGCAGUUCUUCCCAAUCGAAAGUCUGGCCAAGACGCUGUCACAUCUCGCCCAACAAGAGGAGCACGUUAACGGCAUCACCAAGUCUGUAUUUGAAAAGUACUUAUUUCCCACUCAUCCUGAAUUGAGCGAGAAGCUUUUUACGUACUUACACCAUAAUGCCCAUGCCACCACUGCGUAUAUAAGUACCAGUGCUUUCAAGCAACAAGCUGAGAGAUUGCUGUCGGUGAUGAACGAUCAACCUAUAUUAGAGAAUUACAUAAAGAUGUACUCCAACAUCAAGGAUGGUUGCAAUGUCACUCCCGAAACACUGAGAGCACUGUUGAUGUGCUGUUACCAGCUGGCGAUGGAGAACAAUAGUACCAGUUCGUGCCUUUACUCGCAUCAGAUAAUAAACGCAGUAGUUGUUUCAUGUUUUCAUGGUAAGACUAGCUUGUCUACAAGCUAUGUAAGUAAUUGGAUCGGGCAGCAUUGCCCACGCAUGGUACAAGGCCUACAGCGAUACGUGGUACAUGUGUUGACCACCGCUUAUCGUAAUGGUAAAGCACUUUUGUCGAAGGAGCAACCACAGCCACCUAUCGAGAUAAUGACACCCGUAUUGGAGAAGGCGAAUCUUGAGUUUCCACAGACAAACCUGUUGCCGAUGAGUUAUGUCUGGUUGUUGGCGUGCACGCUACCGCAAUGCUACCUUCAGACCAACGAUUCACCAAAGGACAUAACUCACGCUUUGAUAGCCAGAAGAACAGGCAGUAUUUGUCCAAGGCAUUGGACGUUACUGUACAAUAGCGGCGAACAUGGGGCCGGGGCUAAUCGCUUCAUUCACCAUGUAUUAGGUUACAGAGGCCCUACUCUGCUAAUUAUAAGAGCCGCUAGCGCGGAAAAGGACGAGGAAUGCCUGACGUAUUGCGUGUGCUCGGCUGUCGAGUGGCGAGAGAGUCAUCUCUAUUGGGGCGACGAAGAUUCGAUGGGUAUACAACUGACUCCAUCCUAUAAAGUCAUAGAAAAAGGUCCGAAGAUACUGUACCUGAACACGAAUAUCAGGGGCUACCCGCACGGUUUGCGGCUUGGUAGUGAUCCGCGCUCGCCCUUUAUCAGUAUCGACGAAUCAUUCCACUCGGUCUCUAUCGCCGGCGCGCCCUAUCGCAUCUCCAGCCUGGAAGUCUGGGGUUGCGGCGACAUGAAGCUCAGAGAAAAGCAACUGGAAAUCAAAAAGUGGCAAGUAAAGGAAGCGGAGAAACAGAGGAUCGUGAAGUUGAGCGCUAGCGAUUGGCUGGACCAUCCUGAUCGUUACUUACUAGAGCUGGCUGGCAGGGCGUCUUACAACGAAUCUAACAAGUAAAACCACGAGGACGUGCUCAAGUAACUGCUCAUAUAUUGUUUUAUUUGUACAUAUGUAUAUAGCCUCAGAGAGAUAUAUAUUGUCAUCAGAAUUUCUGUACUUAUAUGGCAUACGUUAAAAAAGGUAUGCACGGAAUGUGAUUAUGUGACUUAUUUGAAAUACAGGGACUUAUGCUUGAUGUACUUAAGCACAAGUGCCGAAGUUUGUAA